UGUACUUAUGUUUCGUAAUAAGACCGCCUGGUUUUCAAGCAGUGCACCGCAGGAAUGUCACAGCUUUUGGUUGCUGGAGGGUGGGACCAUCGCUGAUUGGAGGACCGCAGAUUACCUUUUCAGUGAUGAUGCUUCAUGUUCUGAUACUCUGAGGAUAUUUUUUAGUAGGGAUUACCUUUGGAGUAAGGUGACCAUCUUUCACAGCUUGUUCCUUUUUGCCUGUGAGAAGCGCAGGAGUGUUAAAUCUGUGUGCAUUGGUCAUUAUGUGCUGCCUCCAGUCUCUGUGCAGAAUGAGUUGAGGAAUGCUUUUGGAAGACUGAUUUGGGAAAAUGAAGAUGAGCCGUUAGUACCUCGGAAUCUCCAGACAGAAGAUGAGCUCAGUGAAGCAGAUGUUAGCAGAAGCAGUUUUGAAUCAUCUGAAACAGGCAUGUCAGAAAGUGAUGCCAUUCUCUGCGGUGCCUUUCAAGAUUAUCCAGUCAGUAACAUGCUUACAGGUUAUGUCAGCAUGGACAGUCUGCAGAAAUAUUCAGACAACCUUUGUGAUUUUCAUGCUGAAUGUUUCAGAUGCUCCAUUUGCAGCACCCACUGUUGUUUGCCACAAACUUAGACGAACACAAAUCAACACUUGAACAUGGC